CGGGCAGGACUGCGUGCCUAUUGGCCGCUGCAAAGGGGCAGUGGGCGGGGCCACCGACAAUGACUGUGGAGGUUGGCCGGCCACAUGUUUACAUUGCAGAGGAAGAAUGGCCAUGAUCUCCAAGUGAUGCCUGCGUUGAUCGAGGAAGAGGAAGACGAAGGUGAAAGGCGCUCCAGAGACGAAGCAGGCUGUCAUGUGACACGUCAGCCAUGCAAAGAGAUUGACGGCAUUCCUUUCAGCUUUCCCGCCAAACAAACAACACUUCCUUAUCUCCAGGAAGACAACGUGUGACCCGUGUGUGAUGACAACAAGUCCUCUCCUCAUUUCUUAGGCCUUCCCAACCAACAUGGCCUCCACGGUGUCGCCCGUACCCGGCAGCAUUUUCACCCCGCCGUCGCCGUCUCCGCCCCGUCCGGUUGUCUGGCCUCCUCUGGACUUCGCCCUGGGGGCCUUGUCUUGCUGCGUCGCCUGCGUCUUCACCAACCCUCUGGAGGUGGUGAAGACGCGUCUGCAGCUUCAGGGCGAGCUGCGGGCCCGGGGAACCUACCAGAGGCACUACCGCGGGGUCCUCCAGGCUCUUUGGGUGGUGGGGCGCACCGACGGGGUGCGGGGUCUGCAGAAGGGGCUCUCGGUGGGGUUGGUCUAUCAGGGGGUGAUGAACGGGGCCAGGCUGGGCUCCUAUUCUUACUGUGAAGCUCUGGGUGUCACCUCAUACCAUGGAGGAAGUGUUCUAUCGGGGGCUGGGGCCGGGGCCCUGGGGGCUUUUAUUGCGUCUCCGGCUUACCUGGUGAAAACGCAUCUGCAGGCUCAAACAGUGGAAGCGAUAGCAGUGGGCCAUCAGCAUAACCAUCUGGGAGCGUACGAUGCCUUUGUUAGCAUCUACAGAAAAGAAGGCUUCAUCGGACUGUGGAGGGGCGUGAACGGAGCCGUGCCUCGAGUCAUGGUCGGCUCGGCUGCCCAACUGGCAACCUUCACCUCGGCCAAGGAGCGCGUGUCACAUUCCCAGUGGUUCAGCGACGGCAGCUGGCUCACGGCGUUGAUAGCGGCCAGCAUCAGCGGGGUCGCCGUGGCCGUCACCAUGACACCCUUUGAUGUCGUCAGCACACGACUCUACAAUCAGCCGGUUGAUGAGCUUCACCGGGGCCGCCUCUACAGCGGCUUUUGGGACUGUCUGCUGAAGGUGUGCCAAGCUGAGGGUCUGCUGGGUCUGUACAAAGGCAUGGGCCCCGUGUUCCUGCGCUUGGCUCCUCACACGGUUCUCAGCAUGCUCUUCUGGGACGUGAUGAGGCAACAGGCCAUGGAGGGCAAGCAGGCGGGCUGAAUGGAUGCUGGAGAAGACGACGUCUUCACUGAACUUUCUUGACCAAGCGUGGAUGCUGCUGGGGUUUCAGAAGCUUCAAUCAAAUGCAUGAAGUGUUAUGAUUUUACUGUAUAUCUACAAUUGUGUAUUUAUUAGCAAUAACUUUCAUGUGUGCCUGGAUGACGACAAAUAUAUCUUUGUUUGCAGUGGUGAGGAACUUGCACUUCAUCAUACUGAGUGUAGCAAAGCCUAUCCCAGUUGUCUUCAUACACCCUGGACUGGUGGCCAGCCAAUCACAGGGCACAUAUAGACAAACAACCAUUCACACUCACAUUCAUACCUAUGGACAAUUUGGAGUCGCUAAUUGAGCUAGCAUGUUUUUGGAAUGUGGGAGGAAACCGGAGUACCUGGAGAAAACCCAUAACAUGCAAACUCCACACAGAGAUGGCCACACAGAAUUGAACUCGGGUUUCCUAGCUGUGAGACCUAACCACUCCUUCGCCGUGCAGCCCUUUUGAAGUGGUUCAUUUAUUCAUUUUCUGCCGCUUAUCCUCACGAGGUUCGUGGCCGUGCUGGAGCCUAUCCCAGUUGUCUUCGUACACCCUGGACUGGUGACCAGCCAAUCACAGGGCACAUAUAGACAAACAACCAUUCACACUCACAUUCAUACCUAUGGACAAUUUGGAGUCGCUAAUUAGAAUUAGCCUAGCAUGUUUUUGGAAUGUGGGAGGAAACCGGAGUACCCGGAGAAAAUCCACAUAUGCAAGGAGAGAACAUGCAAACCCCACACAGAGAUGGCCAAGGGUGGAAUUGAACUUGGGUUUCCUAGCUGUGAGACCUAACCACUCGUCCGCCAUGCAGCCAUUUUGUAGUGGUUCAUUUAUUUAUUUUCUGCCGCUUAUCCUCACGAGGGUCGUGGCUGUGCUGGAGCCUAUCCCAGUUGUCUUCGUACACCCUGGACUGGUGGCCAGCCAAUCACAGGGCACAUAUAGACAAACAACCAUUCACACUCACAUUCAUACCUAUGGACAAUUUGGAGUCGCUAAUUAACCUAGCAUGUUUUUGGAAUGUGGGAGGAAACCGUAGAAAACCCACGCCUGCACGGGGAGAACAUGCAAACUCCACACAGAAAAUGGCCGUGGGUGGAAUUGAACUCAGGUUUCCUAGCUGUGAGACCUAACCACUCGACCACCGUGCAGCCCUUUUGUAGUGGUCAUGACAAAUAAUGGUUGGAUGCAGUACUAAGUAGAGAGGUCGAGUGGUUAGUGGUUAUCCAUUAUCAAUAUUUUGUGCAAAUUCACAUAAU